UAACCGUUCUGUCAAUUGAGUAAACAAACAACUAUUUUUGCUCACAACUUGUGUGGCUUUGAUUCGCGUAAUGAGAUAUCAACGUAAGAGUCGCUAACGCGAUUCUAGUUUCACCGCUAGCGCUGCAAUGGCACAGACUGUCACGUCAGGCGAAGGCCACGACACUCAGCUCGACGAUUCACUGCUUUGCCUGUCGAAAAGCAAACCCGAUGUCGCUCCACGUGCAAGAUCUCGCACUAGGAGCUCCGGAAAGCCGCAGGGUCCAGCAGCAGACGCGUUUCCUUGUCCGGCGAAGACGGGAUUUCUCAAUAAGGAAGGAGGGUCCGGUUUCUGGCAGAAACGAUGGAUGGUGUUGGACCAUCAUUAUCUCUUCUAUUACAAAGCUAAGGAUAGCAAGCACCCACAGAACGACGUCUGUCUUGCUGACUAUGAUCGCUGUAUUCAGAUGCCUGACUGUAAGAAGAGUCCGUAUGCGUUUCAGUUGUCGUCGUCGCAGAUUACAAACGAUGGUGACACGUUACGAUCCUAUCUCAUGUAUGCAGACAGUGAAGCUGAAAUGCAUGAGUGGAUUGCUGCCAUACAAUGUGAAAUGAACCCUGGUGGUAGCAACACAUCUCCUGAAAGGUCGACCACUCCUAAUAAAUCUCUAGCUCUUACAAAAAGCCCAUCACCAUUAGAGGACAAGUCGGCAGACAAUUCUAGCCGAGGUAACAAGCAUCUAAAGCCUGGGGGUAGCAUCUUGACUAGAUUCCGAGGAGGUGGAGGAUCAAAAAAAGACAAAAAAGAACCUAAGCCAACACCAGUGCAGGUGGAUGGAGAAUCUAUGAAUGUGAUUUCAGCCGAAGCUAAUGCUGGUACUCCACUUGUUCAUCUGACAGCUGAUCGUUCAAAAGGACAGCAAGGUCGACGACCUCCUACACGACAGCGAAGAGUCAUAGAUGCUGGUGUAGCUCCAACCAAUAUAUUUGCUGGUAGGGAAGUUGCUAGUGACAGAGCAGAACCUCCAUCAAAACGACCUAAACCAACUCCACCUCCUAAAGCCCUUAAACCAGGUGAGAGCAGUCCUGGAACUAGAACCAAACUUGCCAUGAAGCCUCCAAGUACUGGAUCAAGAGAUAAGGGAAGCAACAACGCACCUUCACCAAAGCCAGCUCCACGUAAUCCAAGAACCCCAGCUAAACCAGUAUUGCCGAAAACAAAUUCAGGCUCGUCUGUCUCGACUAGUGCCUUACCAGCAGUACCUGUUAAGCCUAAGCCUAUCCCUCGAAGUAGAACCCGGACAGAAACCACUAAGACCACAAAUCCUGAAGCUGCCUUGCAUACUGCCAAGUCUAUUAAAGAGGAAAAUACAGAGACAACAGAAAUCAAUUUGGCAGAUGGUGUUCAAGAUGAGUUGACUGGAAAGGAUGAGAAUCAGUCAUCAAUUGAUCUGGUUAAAAUGGAGGUAGAAGAAGAGGGAAGUGAAACAAACUCUAAACUGGAAGAGGAAAGGGAAACAAAAGGUGUUGAAAAUGACAAGUCUGGAACAUUAAAUGAACACAAGAAAGAACAAGAACAAUUGCCAGAAGAUAAAACCAAGGGGGAAACAGUGAGCAACAGUUUAAAUACUGCAGCAGCCAGUGCGAAUAUAGAGGGUGAGUCAGGAAGUGGUGAACUUGCAGAGGAGUUGGGUUUUGAAGUUGUUCAUGUUGAAGAGGUGAAAGACAGUGAGAGAGAUGCAUAUGAGAAUCAAGAUACGGUAAAGGAUCAAGCUGCAUCACAAGAUCACAAUGAACUGAAGAACUGUGCUGUUUCAGAAAAUCCCGUGGAAUCAGAAUCAUGUAAUCAAAGUGUAUCACAUGAGGACACUGAUCAAGCAGCAACUGACCAAGCUGUUUCUGAAGAUCGGAAAGCUUCAACAAAUCAAUCGUUACCUGAAAAUCCUAUGAUUUCUACUGUAACAGUUGAAACAUCUAACACAACUGUGUCAACAGUAAUUGCUGCUGUUAGUGAAGAACAAGGCAGGAAGAAAUCAGAGGUGAAGGAUGAAGUCAAAGCUAAAAGAAAAUCUCUUGUGCAAGAAACGGGGAAGGAAUGCGUGAAAGAAGAACUGAAAAAGAGGAACAGUGAGGUGCUUAAACAUCGUCAUUCAAAAGAAGUCAAGACAAACGUCGAAUCAAAGGGAUCUAUGACUGACAAUGAACCAGUGAAGUGUGAGGAUCAGGAACAAGUAAAAUCUGAAGAGAAACAGGUGGUGACUGAGGAGCCACCGAAACCUCUUGAUUCUGACCAGCAAGUGGAGCUUGCAGCCUCCAAACUUCGCGCUUUGUCUUCGUCUCCCGUGCAGACAGCUUCUACGGCCACACUAAACGGUCCAGAUUCAGCGGACAUAUGUACAGCUGAUGUGGUUUCCAUCUUACAGUCUGCAACUGAUCCUAAAACAGCUUUAGACAAAGCAAAAGAGAUUCUUCGUCAGGCUCACAAGGCAAAUAUUGAUGCUGAAAGAGCACGGAGAGAAGCUGUGCUUGAGCGAGAGCUUGCCAAACAAGAACGAGCUGAGGCGGAGAUGAAGAAGAAAAACGCUACUGAGAUUUUGAGACUUGCGCGGGCAGCCUUGUCCAGCAUUAAGAAGUGAUAUUGUGUAGAUUAUAGUGGACUAUAUAUUAUGACGAACUCGGGUUGCACUGAAUUAAAGGGCGUUGGUUUCUAA